UUCUGCGGGCCGGCAUCGCGCAGUCGAUCCGCGAACUCGAAAGCUGCCGCGAAGCGAAGCGAGGCGACCUUUGACUGUGUUUUCGAUGAACCUUCGUGAACUGUUCGGCGACGAAGAGCUCGCGACGGCUCUCCGCAGGGUGUAACGUGGAUGACCCUCUUCAUUCUAUUUGAAGCAGUCUCUUCGGAGUGAGAAUCUGAUGAAGGAAGAAGGAGUCAUGGGCCGCACGGGAUACACGUGCAUCAGGCACGUCUUCUGUUCCCUCAACGUUCUAAUAUGGUUAUGCGCUUGCGGAAUUUUGGGUGCGGGCCUUUGGCUGCGAUUGGCUUAUUCCGGAUACGCGACCUUGGUGCCGCAGUACAGUUUCGCAUCAGCGGACUCGUUGCUGCUCGCUGCGGGAUGCGUAACGUUCGUCAUCGCUUUCUUCGGAUGCUGCGGCGCGUGGUUCCAGUCUAGGUGCAUGCUGAUUACGUAUUUCAGUCUGGUGAUCCUCAUGUUCCUCGCCGAAUUUAUGCUGGGCACUCUGGCGUUUGCGUUCAGAGAGAACCUCGCGAGAAGCAUGAGGGAGGAAUUGUUGUACGGCAUCGAGAAGCAUUACAAUAUCACCAGGGAGCCGGGAACCCUCUCCACUAUGUGGGACCACAUACACACGGAGUUUCAUUGCUGUGGCGUUCGCGAUUACACGGAUUGGUUCCAAAUCGAGGCAUGGCCCCAGGAGGAUCGGGUGCCGGAUUCCUGUUGCAUGCAACGAGAACGAUACUGCGGUCGUUUAGAUCCGGAAGGUCGCAAUAAGGAGCUCUGGUACAAGGAGGGCUGCGCGUCCGCCAUCCAGAUGUGGCUGGUCACUCGGUUGCACGUGGUAGGCACGGUGGGCCUCGUAGUCGGCUUCCUUCAGUUAUUUGGCUUGGUGGCCAGCAUGAUCCUCUUCUGCACGGUCAGACACAAGCGAUCAUCCCACACGUACAAGAGUUACGACACCACCAAUACCUAGAACUUCCGGUCGAUCUUAGACGAAACCACUGUCUAAGAUCGAUGAUGCUGAUCCACCUCGCGAGUCUCUGAUCCCCGUUGCAUGCGGUGGGACCCGAAUCAUUGCGGAAUUGUCGGAAUUAGUCUCUCUUUGAGGACUUUCGUGGAGGAUCCUACCGAUUUUCAUCGCGUCGAAUUCACACAUGUAUAUGACGAUGCGCGAGAAGGAAUUUUUUGUCGGGAAAAAGACAAGAAAGGAGCGCGACAAUUGGACCGUCGUAUUGGUGAUUAUUGAACGUUAUACUCACUUUAUAAAUACAUUUACGUAUCGUCUGUUACAAGGCGCCUUAAAGUAGACGAAAACAUACUGACACUGCAAUUGACCAAAAAGUUGCCGCUAUGUACCAAAAAUUAUAAUAGAUGAUAUUCUUCGAUGGAUUUGUAGAGUCUCCUUCUUAGUCUGUGUGGAUCCUGUUAGUAUCUCUUGCAAUUUCCAGUGAUCAAUAUCGUGUUCUUUCCAAUGACUGUUCUACUUUAUUGGUUGAUAAUUAUUUAUGUCCUUCAUUAUUUAUCUCCUUAAUUUUCUCAAACGCAUAAGCAAUGUAUGUACGAUUUAUGGAUCCUUUAGACCAAUAUUUAUGGAUAGUUGUGUAUGCAGAAUCUGGCAGCAAAAAAGUUCAUGUGUCUAUAAGAAUAAUUUAUUUAAUGAAAAGAAUCAUAAUUCUAGAUCAUUAAAUUGCGAUUCUCUAACGGAACGAAUUUGCCCUACUUUCUUGUAAUAAUGGAGAUGUCCAUAAUCGUAUAUUCAACGUCAAUUUAUCGAGAAACUAUCAAUUUCGACUUUACAAUAAGUAACGUUAUUAAUUAAGUGACGUACGUCGCGUACGGUUCUCGACGUUCAUAAUUGAUUAGAUAGAGUGCAUGAUUACGAUCACUUAGCCAAAUACUCAGUAGAGAUAUUAUAGAUCAUCAAAUUAUCUUCUCAAUAAUAAUAAGCAUAAAUAAUUCCUUAAAAUUUUGUAUCCAGUAUAGUACGAAUAGAUAAAAAUAUAAAUUUAGUAAGAUAAAGUAAAUCGUUAUUGUACGUUAUCCGAUACUUGAUACUGAUGAAGCAAUCGAUUGUACAUGACAGGAUGAUAUUAAAGAUUGUACAAUGCGAAAACGAAAUGAGACGCUAGUGAUGUAUUAGAUAUAGAGGGAGAAUAAAUUAUUAUUAAUAAUAAAUAUGUAAUAUAUUUAUA